AUGUGCAGCAGCCCUGUCCCCGGCCAGGGGAAGCCGUACAUAUUUGACCGAGUGUUUCCAACCAACACCACCCAGGAGCAGGUGUACAACACCUGCGCCAAGCAAAUUGUCAAAGAUGUACUGUGUGGAUACAAUGGCACUAUCUUCGCAUAUGGACAAACCUCCUCCGGGAAGACUCACACCAUGGAGGGCAAGUUGCACGACCCUCACCAGAUGGGGAUCAUUCCUCGCAUCGCUGAGGACAUUUUCAACCACAUCUUUGCCAUGGAUGAAAACCUUGAAUUCCACAUCAAGGUUUCCUACUUUGAAAUCUACAUGGACAAAAUCCGUGACCUGCUGGAUGUGACAAAGACCAAUCUGUCUGUCCAUGAAGAUAAGAAUAGGGUGCCUUAUGUCAAGGGAUGCACUGAGCGUUUUGUUUCCAGCCCCGAUGAGGUUAUGGAUGUGAUUGAUGAGGGCAAAGCUAACCGCCAUGUUGCUGUGACCAACAUGAAUGAGCACAGCUCUCGUAGCCAUAGCAUCUUCCUGAUCAACAUCAAGCAAGAGCACGUGGAGACUGGGCAGAAGCUGUGUGGAAAACUCUACCUGGUGGACCUGGCUGGUAGUGAGAAGGUCAGUAAGACUGGAGCUGCAGGAGCUGUUCUGGAUGAGGCUAAAAACAUCAACAAAUCUCUUUCCGCUCUGGGAAAUGUCAUCUCUGCCUUGGCUGAGGGCACGAAAAGUCACGUGCCAUAUCGUGACAGCAAAAUGACCCGCAUUCUGCAGGACUCCCUCGGCGGGAACUGUCGCACCACCAUGUUCAUCUGCUGCUCUCCCUCUAGCUACAACGACACUGAGACCAAGUCAACCCUGAUGUUUGGACAACGAGCCAAGACCAUCAGGAACACCGCUUCCAUCAACCUGGAGCUGACAGCGGAGCAGUGGAAGAGGAAGUACGAGAAGGAGAAGGAGAAGAACAAGACCCUGAAGGAUACCAUCCAGAGGCUGGAGGCUGAGCUCAGCCGUUGGAGAAAUGGAGAGGACGUGCCUGAGACGGAGCAGACUAACUCAGAAGUGGUGACCCGUUUUGAGCCCGUGGAGGAGCGCCCCAUUUUGGAUAAUGACACCUCCUCCAUUGUGGUUCGCAUUUCUGAGGAGGAGCGUCAGAAGUACGAGGAGGAGAUCCGCAAGCUGUACAAGCAGCUGGAUGACAAGGAUGAUGAAAUCAACCUGCAGUGUCAGCUGGUGGAGAAACUGAAGCAGCAGAUGCUAGACCAGGAUGAGCUCCUGGCAUCAUCCCGCGGUGAUGGGGACAAGGUCCAGGCUGAGCUCGGCAGGCUGCAGGUGGAGAGUGACUGCGCCAAGGCUGAGGUGAAGGAGGUGCUGCAGGCUCUGGAGGAGCUGGCCAUCAACUAUGACCAGAAGAGUCAGGAGGUGGAAGAGAAAGGCCUACAGAACCAGCUGCUGGCCGACCAGUUGGCCCAGAAAAUGGCCAGUCUGAUGGAGCUGGAGGCAGAGCUGUCUCGUAUGCAGGAAGUGAGUGGUCAGCAGAGGAAACGCAUUGCUGAUGUCCUGAAUGGUCUGAUGAGGGACCUCAGUGAGUUCAGCACCAUCGUGGGCAAUGGGGAGAUCAAGCUGCCAGUGGAGAUCAGUGGUGCAAUUGAGGAGGAGUUCACCGUGGCUCGCCUCUACAUCAGCAAGAUCAAAUCAGAGGUGAAGAGCAUGGUGAAGCGCUGUCGCCAGCUGGAAAACAUGCAGCUGGAGUGCCACCGCAAGAUGGAGGAGACUGGGAGGGAGCUCUCCUCCUGCCAGCUCCUCAUCUCUCAGCACGAGGCUAAAAUCCGCUCUCUGACGGAGUACAUGCAGAGUGUGGAGCAGAAGAAGAGGCUGCUGGAGGAGAGCCAUGACUCCCUGAGCGAAGAGCUGGCCAAACUGCAAGACCAGGAUAACUCCCUGCUUGAUGAGAAGGAUGGAGAAAAGGGUGAGACUGAGGAUGGAAGUGUGAAGAAGGCUCUUCGCCAGCAGGGGGAGCCUCACCGCGGCCUCCACCACAAGCAGCUGGCGCGCCUGCGUGAUGAGAUCAAUGAGAAGCAGAGGAUCAUUGACGAACUGACUGAUCGUAACUCCAAGCUGGAGCUGGAGCUGGCCCAGGUUCGCGCUGACUUUGAACGUCUGAGGAAUCAGGACAGCACCAAGAGCGAGCGCCUGGAGGAGCUCUCGUUCCUGCAUGAGCGCCAUGAGCAGACUAAACAGGACCUGAAGGGUCUGGAGGAGACCGUCGCCCGCGAACUCCAGACCCUUCACAACCUGCGCAAGCUGUUUGUUCAAGACCUCACGUCGCGGGUUAAAAAAAGUUCCGAAAUGGAACCAGAUGAUAGCGGGGGGUCUUGCACCCAGAAGCAGAAGAUUUCCUUUCUUGAGAAUAACCUGGACCAACUUACAAAGGUUCACAAACAGCUGGUUCGUGACAAUGCAGAUCUGCGUUGUGAGCUUCCAAAGCUGGAGAAACGUCUUCGGUCUACUGCUGAGAGAGUUAAGGCCCUGGAGACUGCACUGAGGGACGCCAAGGAGGGUGCCAUGAUGGACCGUCGUCGCUACCAGCGGGAAGUCGACUGCAUCAAGGAUGCCAUGAGGGCCAAGAAUGCCCUGCGGCGCCCCCAUGCAGCACAGAUUGCCAAGCCAGUGAGACCGAAGCAGCUGGCAGUUUGCUCUCCCACAAACCCAUUUUACAGCUACAUCAGAGCCACUGAACACGCCAACACCUACAGCAACGCCCUGUUCCACGGCAAAAUGGCAGAGCAGAGCGCUCCCAGCAUCAACUGCAACCCUAACUCUGUCCAGAGCAACACAGUUUCCACAGCACUGGGCUACAGAGCAGGCAGAUAUAAUGGAGACAUUCUGGAGUCCUACCCACUGACCAUUGACAACGGUAACAGCACCAGUGGAACGAGAGACAUCAAUGACAACAGGAGUGAUGUUCACUGUGGCAGUGAGGUGGAUGAUUCAAACAGAAGACGACCAAACACUGUACUCAUCUGAGGACCCUCCCCUCCCAUUCGCAUGCAGCCUGUCUCCCUGUCCCUACACUGCAUCACUGAUAAAGAUGAUGAUGAAGAUCUGUCCCUCUUGCUCCUAUGGUGACCACUCUCACCCUCAGGUUUGGGGUCCAGUCCCCUCCAGUUCAGUCAGUGCAAGAAAUAAAUCAUUUUUUAGAAUUAUUAUUACAGAGCAUCCACCUAAUCAGCUCUUUGAGCCCUCAGCGAAUCAGUUUGUCACUAGGUAUCACUGAUCACCUCCUGAGGUGGGUGAACUGAAGCGGGGCUGACUCCAUUCCUGAUCACUUAGUGCACACAUGUUGUAAAUAACAGUGCUGUAUAUUCCUGUAGAAGUUUUUGACCAGCACCUGUUUGCGUGAAUGUACAGCCUCCACCAUCCCCCACAACACCUUCUUAAGGGCAUCAUGUGGAUGACAUACUGUAGGCAGACAUGACCUUUUUCUCUGUCAUAAAUAAGAGUAUAUUGUGUAACGCCAGCUUGUAACACACUUUGCGUGCAUGUCGCUUAGCGGGUUAGCUUUUGUAUCUUUGCAUGUGUCAUGAAUCUAGUCUGUAGCUGGCGUUCCGCAAAUGAACCGCCUGAUCAACUUCCACCGAUGUUACAGAAAGAGACAGCUGGUUUCCUUUUAUCUUGAUUUAAGCCUCAGUGCUUUAGGUUUUCUAUUUAAACUUGAAUUUGAGUCCAGGAAUGGGUUGUUGUGGCUUUACCACUGAAAAAAAUGACAAAAAAAAACUAAACACAUCUGGGUUUAUUUUCAGUAUACUAGAAAAGGCUGUCCUGUGCAAAAUGUGUGAGGGAAACCCAGCCCAGACAGUGUGUACAGAGGAAACCUUUUGUGAUUUCUUUGAUACUGUGAUGGUGUAGUCGUAUGAUGUCACUGUAUGUUUCAGGUAAUGCUGCCCAUAUCCAUUUCAUGUGGCUUCCUCCCUGUGUUGCACCCACAUCUUGUGAGCCUUCUUACCAAGCCUUAACAGCUGACGUCUCAUAAUCAAACUAGCACGCCAGCAUGUGCAUACAUUUGUAAUUACUACCUCCAGAGCUACUUAUUAUACACUUGUUACGAUAUACUAAGACAUCAUCCUUUCAAAAGCCAAAUAGUGGUUGAUCUUAGAGUUUCUAGAGAAAGUUGUGAUUUUAGUACACCAAUAGCUCUAAGUAGAUUUAAAUGCUAUUUUUAAAGCACUAGUUUUCUCUAUCAUGUAACAGGAUCAGAGCUGGAUAGAAACAGUGAUUGCAAAAAAGUUCCUUCUGCAGCAGAAUAAGAAAUCCAGAAUAAGUUUGUGCUCACCACAUCAAGUUCAUUGUCAAAGGAGAAAUAAUUACAUUGAUAAAAAACAAUUUCCUAAAUGUUUUUCAUUUUAAGGCUUAAAUGACGAUGCCUUCAUCCUUAGUACCCUAAUUUAAAGAUGCAUUGUUGAAGUGUAGGAACAUUGCAGAACAUUUUAAGACUGUAUAAAGUAGAUGCUAUUUAAAGAUUCAGGAUUUUAAUCAGAUCCAUUAAAAGUUUAGUGGUUAGGGAGAAUGUGCACACUAGUCCCCAGCUGAGCAGCCACCAGUCUGGGACAUUUUAUCUGAUGUUUGUAGCUCGAGUCGUGUUGUUAUUCUUCUGUUAGAAAUCCUGACCAGCCAAUCAGGAUAGAAGAAACCAACAUGUCUUAGGGAGGUUAUAAAGAGAUGGAUGUGUUUGGAUUGCGAGUCACUGAAUAAAUGGAAUGAAUAAAUAAGUGGCGUAAUACAAAUGAAAAGGAAAAGUGAAUAAUGUUUUAAGCUGAAUGCACCUUCAUAGAUCAUGCAUGACGACUAACUAAAGAGAAGUACUGUAAUUUUGAUUCCCAUUUAUAUUUUGUGUUUACACUUUGAACAGACUUCCUUCUUUGCCACUGAAGUCAUCUCUGAUCUGACUGUUCUGACUUUGACUGAGCAUCUGCUCCUAUUUACUUAACAGAAUUUUCACAUUUAUUUCUCGAUAUAUUACAUUGCACGACCGGACUUGUUCUAAAUUAGCGCAGAUAGGAACUCUGUGCUCCUCCCCACUUGUCUGAUCCUUAAUAGCCUCAUUCACGAUGGCACUGCUUAGUAUCAUGUUCUUAGUGGCAUUAACAACAUCUCAGGGCUUCACAGUCACAGCCACAGCCACCAUCACCGUCUUCCUCACAGAUUUAAAAGUAUGUGAAGGUCAAUGAACAAUCACAAUGCGUGUGUGUUCUUCAAGGCUUAGCAGAGGAACAAGAUGAUGAAUUUAAUACUACAGAAAUAACAUUUUGUACACACACACACACACACACACACACACACACAUAUGUAAUCUCCAUUCUAGCACAUGACUUUCAAAAUGAAAUAACCCCACAGCCGCACCCUGGUCAGACCCUAACGAAUGUAUGUGUCCAAGAAGUCCUUCUAUUUCACACCAUGUUCGAAAUGUAAUAAACCAAUUUAAAGGAGGAGGAAAUGUGUAUGUCACCUGCUGUUCCACUUUCUCAGUUCAACAUAUUUUAAACACAUUUGCAAAAUAUUGUUAAUCUUGUAAGUACAAUAGCGUGCCAUGACAGUAAAAUGCAAAAGAGUGGCACAUGUUAACUUUGUUCAAAGAAAUGUUUGUUUCAUUUAUUUCUCUAUACCUAUACUGUAGCAUCAACAUGAUUAUGUGAAGAAUCACCAUGCAACAUUUCUGUAUAUAUCAUAUCUAUGCUGUAUUGUGUGUGAAACAUUGUGUUGUAGUAAAAAGUUCAAUAAACUUGUAGAAA